AUGAAUAUUUUACUAGAUCCGCCCCUUGUCCUCACAGAAGGACGCCUCACACUUCAUGUCUCCAGACUCAGGACCAGUGACUCUGGGUUUUAUGUGUGUGAGAUACUUGUCAUACCUGAUGGGAGUAACUCUAGGAGAAGUUGGCUCAACGUCACUGCAGCGACACAUUGGAACAAACCUGAGACUCCCAACACAGGAAGAAACAAACCUGAGACUCCCAACACAGGAAGAAACAAACCUGAGACUCCCAACACAGGAAGAAACAAACCUGAGACUCCCAACACAGGAAGAAACAAACCUGAGACUCCCAACACAGGAAGAAACAAACCUGAGACUCCCAACACAGGAAGAAACAAACCUGAGACUCCCAACACAGGAAGAAACAAACCUGAGACUCCCAACACAGGAAGAAACAAACCUGAGACUCCCAACACAGGAAGAAACAAACCUGAGACUCCCAACACAGGAAGAAACAAACCUGAGACUCCCAACACAGGAAGAAACAAACCUGAGACUCCCAACACAGGAAGAAACAAACCUGAGACUCCCAACACAGGAAGAAACAAACCUGAGACUCCCAACACAGGAAGAAACAAACCUGAGACUCCCAACACAGGAAGACGGGGAAGGAUUGGCCUCUACUUUGAGAUUGCACUGGUUUCUGUUCUACUUGCUCUGUGUGUCUGUGUGCUUCUUAACUUCAGACGACAAGCAGCCAGUGAAGAAGGUUCAGACUCAGGGGCAGGUAACAGUUCAGCAGGUGGAUCAACAGAAACAGUUUGACACUAUCUGUUACUUUAAUGCUCAUCUAAAGACAUUUGCACACUCCUGCACAAUACUGACUCUUUAGAUCUGCAGCGCUCUGACACUUUACUUCAGGUAUACUGUACAUCUUAUCGCUCUUUCGUUGAGAGAUCAACUCAAAUGAUCAAAUGUGAUUUCUGAGAGAAUCUGUACCAAUCAAAAUUCUUUCUAAUGUGAUUUAUUUAUAGGCUGGAAUCUCUGCUGCAUUCUGACACAUGUUGCACCUCCUGUCAUUUGGUCCAUAUUGCAGUUUCGUUGGAUUGUUCAGCCUCAGCCUACAUAUCGAUGUUUUAUAACGCUGUCGCUGUGAGGUCUAGAAUCUAUGAACAGCAUUUGUAAUUGUAUUUAAUAUUUAUCGUUUACUGUAAUCUUUCCUAUCGGAGUUGCUCUCGGUCUCCGUUACGUUACUUCAGUCCUGAUGAAAUAUGAGUUCUGUUUUUUUGCACUUUGUAUUGAAGUUAGACACUGACAUGUUUUGCAUUGUACAUAUGUGUAGUUGUAGAAGAAUGAGACAAAAUAAUGUUGUUUUUAAUAAGCUUUAUUUUAUUGGACCUGCUGUUGUUUUCAUUCUGAAUGCCUAUUUGUUUAUUGUGAGAUGUUUGAAAGCCAUGUUGUUUUGUACAUUUAAAAAUAAAUCUUUUAAAUAUACAGAGUGGUGUAAUGUAACUUAGAACAUAUACUCAAGUUCUGUACCUAAGU